AUGUCUGACGAAAAGCAGCGUAUGAAAAUCAUCGUAAACUCGGAUGGCAGCGUCCCCGAGGACAUCGAGACGGGUCUUCUCAGCGAGCAGCCCGGUUCGCCGCCAGCCGUGCGUGGGAAAGAAGGUCCUGAAGCGCCUUGCCAUCUUCCUGGUCGCUUUCUUCACCUUGCGCCUGGUCCUGUUCCAUGCUGUGCACCACAACAACGGCAGCUGAUGCGCUCGGUGUUUGGCAACGAGCGGGUCGAUAGAUGGAUGGCAAAACACCCGUGCCAUGGCGGCGAGCAGUGGGGAAAGACGGAGGGCGGGGGCUGGGUCCGAUGUGUACUACUCGAAUGGACAGCACCACCAUCACCACCCCAUCACAAGCCUGGAGAUGAGCCCGGUUUCCCCUACCAGCGUAUUACCAGGCCGUGGAAGCAGCCUACCAAGCAGAUCGAGGAGACUGUUGCGCACAUUCUUGAGCAGAUUAACAAGAGCGUGCGUCCCGCCUUCCAGAUGAUGGCCAACAGCCGCAUCAACCACACUGCUCUGGCCGCUCUAUCGCGUGGCGAGCUUGCGGCUACUGACAGUCGAUUCCCUGUUCCGCGUCAACCACAACGAUAUCUGCGUGCCUAUUUUUCACCAAGAUCUCCCAGGUUGUCCGCGGGCAGCAUCGGUUCGUCUGUCCGCAUCGUGAGCACUUCUGCCUCCGAGGCCACGUUCUCAGUGCGCGCUCUGGCGUCCGACCCCAAGAUUGCUGAGCAGAUCUCCCUCAAGCAGACCACCGACGAGGAGGGCAACAUUUCGUUUGUCCUCGAGGGCCCCAAGAUCCUGCGCCAGGGCGAGUCCUCGACCUCCUGCAUACCGGCUUUCGUCUACGGCCAGUUCGACCUCGACAGCAAGCUGGCGCGCGCUAUUGACUUUGGCAAGUUCGAGGUCAACUCUGUUACCGGCAAGCUCCAGAUCCCAUCGAUCCACGGCGAGGACCUGGACGAUCAACACGGUGACAAGCGAUGUGAACGGCCACUACUUUGCUGUCGUCGACGUUGGUGUCAAUGUUGCCAAGGCCCCAAGUCCACCAUCGUCAUUGAGACUGUCAGUGGCACCAUCAACACCCGUGUCUCGGGCGGAUUCGACGGGUCCUUCCUGGCCCGCAACAUUGUUGGCGGCCGCGUUUCUGUCGAGGAUGCCAGCGAUGGCACCAACCGCCUGCACUUUGUCAAGGACUACGGCAACUACAAGUCCGGCACCUUUGGACCUGCCGACAGCACCCAGGCGGGUUUCCCAUGUCUAUUUCGAAAUGCCCACAAACUUGCUCCACACUACUGCGAUCCAAUGAGGCUAUCAAUGUCCUGCAUUAUCCGCCGGUUCGGCGUGUUCUUGGACGACUUCCACAUGAUUGUGUACUUUUUCAGUGGCAUUGGCACAGCCUUCUCCUGCUUCAUCCGCUCCCACGCGGAUUCCUUAAUAUCCCAUGUGCGGAUCUUGGUCGACGACGGCCUCAAAUCCCUGAUUCGCAGCCUGGUGGUCUUUGUAUUGAGCCCAAAGAACCCAGGUGUCUCAAACACCAGCUCCGAGUCGCUUGUCACUCCUCUUGCUAGCAACGCCUGGACCUUGCUGUCGCUGCCUGCCUUCGCUGCGUGCUUCUGGCCCGUCGAUAUGAUGCUGUCGAACUUUGGCAGCCCGUGCUUAUCAAGCUGGAUCCCCUGUACGCGCUUGGCCGGCAACAGUGUCACCCGAAUCACAAACGGAGAGAACAGCCUGCUCACGGCAAACGUCGACAGCAGACUGACCGAUGUGGCCAUCACCAAUCUGGCCCUGGGACUGCGCGUACAUAACGCCGCCGGUUACGGAGCAGGCGAGGAGAGAGCCGCCAAGCGACAUGGCCUUGAGCAUGCGAAUCGCGCGCGCGGGGAUUGCUUCAAAAAUCACACGGCUGGCGGUGGCGUCGGAUGUGAAUCGACAGGCCGAUAG